AGCCGUGACGUCAGGAGGCGUGCCGGACUGAAGUUCGCUGGGCUUUGGCGGGAGGCCUUGGCCCUUCGCGCUCAUGGUACGCUGCGGUAUCGCGCUGUUGAGAAAGUAUGGAAAUUUCAUUGAUAACCUGAGACUCUUCACCAAAGGAGGAAGCGGUGGAAUGGGUUAUCCUCGUUUAGGUGGAGAAGGUGGAAAAGGUGGUGAUGUCUGGGUUGUAGCCCAUAAAAGAAUGACCUUAAAACAACUUAAAGACAAAUAUCCUCAGAAACGGUUUGUGGCUGAAGGAGGAGCCAACAGUCGAGUAAAUGCACUAAAGGGCUCCAAAGGAAAAGACUGUGAAAUCCCUGCGCCUGUGGGUAUUUCAGUAACCGAUGAAAAUGGUAAAAUUAUAGGAGAACUCAAUAAAGAGGAAGACAGAAUUUUGGUAGCUGAAGGUGGCCUUGGUGGUAAAUUACAUACAAAUUUCUUACCUUUGAAAGGUCAAAAACGAGUAAUACGUCUUGACCUAAAAGUUAUAGCUGAUGUAGGCCUUGUAGGAUUCCCAAAUGCUGGAAAAUCCUCUUUACUAAGUCGGGUUUCUCAUGCAAAACCUGUGAUUGCAGAUUAUGCUUUUACAACAUUAAAACCUGAACUUGGGAAGAUUAUGUACAAUGAUUUCAAAAAGAUUUCAGUAGCCGACCUCCCGGGUCUGAUAGAAGGAGCACAUUUGAACAAAGGAAUGGGCCACAAAUUCCUCAAGCAUUUAGAAAGAACCAGGCAACUGCUUUUUGUUGUUGACAUUUCUGGAUUUCAGCUUUCUUCCAAAACUCAGUACAGAACUGCCUUUGAAACCAUAAUACUUCUUACAAAAGAAUUGGAGUUAUACAAAGAAGAACUUAAGACAAAACCUGCACUUUUGGUAGUUAAUAAAAUGGAUUUGCCAGAUGCCCAAGUUAAACUUCAUGAACUGAUGAAGCAACUCCAGAAUCCUGAAGAUUUUCUACAUUUAUUUGAAAAACACUUGAUUCCAGAGAAGGCUAUAGAAUUCCAACAUAUCAUCCCCAUUUCUGCAGUUACGGGAGAAGGAAUUGAAGAAUUAAAGAACUGUAUAAGAAAAUCACUGGAUGAACAUGACGACCAAGAAAAGGAUGCAUAUCAUAAGGAACAGCUGCUUAAUUUGCAGAGUUCUAGUUCAGGUUCUUGCAGAGUAUCACCAUCAAAGCAUGCUAUUACUACUUCCAGAAAAGAUGUGAUUCAGAUCCAGUAAAAACCAUAUUGAUGGAAUACUAUUUAGUCCUAACAAAGAAGGAAAUCAUGUUAUUUUUGAAAAUACAAGUGAGCCCAGAAUACAUUGUGUUCAGGGAAAUAAGCCAAGCACAGAAAGACAAAUACCACAUAAUCUUACUUAUUUGUGGACUAUAAAAAAUUGAACUGAUACAAGUCCAGAAAAAUAGUGAUUACUAAGGAUAGGAGAUGGGGAUUGGAGAGGUACUGACCAAAAAAUAAAAAGUUCAGUUACUGUGAAUAAGCUUUGCAGAUCUGUUAUGAUCUAUAUGAUAUCUAUAGUUAUUACAAUAUAGCAUAUUUUAAAAUUUUGUAAGGCUAUAGGUUUUAGGUUUUAAGUAUUGGCUCCACAAAAAAGAUCUGAGAAAAUAUGUAUUUUAAAUUAGCUUAAUUGUGUAUUUUAAAACAUACUGGAUAUGAUAAAUAGACUAGGAUAAUUUUUGAAAUUGUA